AUGACAGUGACAGGCUCACAAGUCACAACUCUUCCCAAAGAGAAAGGUUGGAUCACUGAAUAUGUAUACGAAUACCAGUCAGUUUGGUUAACUCCAACAUUUGUUAAAGGAGUUAAGUUGGUUCAGCAAUGCAUCUAUGCUCAAUCCACUGAUAUUCUGCUAGCUACUCUCCCAAAAUCAGGAACAACAUGGUUCAAGGCCCUUAUUUUCUCUAUCAUGAAUCGCGUCAACCCACAUUCCUUGCUCUCUGUGAUAUCUUCUGGCUGCAAAAUUGUGUAUGUUUUUCGCGAGACCAAAGGUGUUUUUGUUUCAAAUUCGCAUUAUAUGACAAAAUUGAGACCUGAAGAUGCACUUGAUUUGUUUUGCAAAGGGGUGUCACAUUUUGGACCCUUUUGGGAUCAUGUGUUGGGUUAUUGGAAGGCAAGCUUGGAAAAUCCAGACAAGACCGGAGUGCAACAUUUCAGUCCACAAUUUGCUAUUGAGAACCGGCAUUUCUCAAGGAAAGGUCAAGUUGGAGAUUGGAAAAACCAUCUGACACUAGAGAUGACUGAACAAUUGGAAGAAAUCACUAGGCAGAAACUUGGUCAGUCAGAUUAG